AUGCCCGCCGACAUGUCUAUGGUUCCCUAUAAUGGGGGAAAUCUCGAUAUUGUUUUACGGCACAAUGAAUCAGUGGUUGUCUUUGACCAUGACUCUCAACAGCUCGCUCUCCGCAACACGUCCGAUACCGAUAUCAGCGAAAUGGAGCUGGCGAACUGCCCAUUCUGCCAUCGAUCAAUGCGCGACGACAGCAGAGGACGGCAUGGCGGGAAUCCUGAGCCCGAAGGGGAAUUCAUCAACCCAAACUACUUCCGCAUGCUCAACGAUAACAUUCCCAGUUCAGUAACAUCCUCAGUUCCCCCUUCUCCACGCCGUCGCUUCGUUCAGCCUGCGCUCCCCGAUGGACCUACCAAUACCACACCCGCUCCUUCCUCCCCGCCACCACAGGGCAUUUCUUCUGCCGCAUUCAGCCCUGAUUACUUCAAGAGGUUCUUCGUGGAGGAACGAGUGCUAGGAAAAGGCGGGAAAGGAGUGGUGCUACUGGUGAAGCAUGUCCUGGACAGUGUGUCUCUGGGUCAUUAUGCUUGCAAGCGUGUCCCUGUUGGUGACGACCACGAGUGGCUGGAAAAGGUCUUGGGUGAAGUUCAGCUGCUGCAACACCUCUCCCACCAGAACCUUGUCUCAUACCGUCAUGUCUGGCUGGAAAACGCGAAGAUCAGCACCUUCGGCCCGAGUGUACCAUGCGCCUUCAUAUUGCAACAAUACUGCAAUGCCGGUGACUUGCAUGACUACAUCUGUGGCUCCGUUCAGACCUCUACCACAGCCCAACAAUUGAAGGACCGCCUCCGUCGCAGAUCAAAGGGCGAACCGGAGCCCCGGGCAAAAUUGGGAGGGCCUCGCACACUCCAGCUAGAUGAAAUUUACUCUUUCUUCCGUGACAUAACCUCUGGGCUCCGCUAUCUCCACGCCAAUGACUACAUCCAUCGUGACCUGAAGCCAAACAACUGCCUGCUUCACGAAACUGGUGAUGGUAUUAGAGUGCUAGUAAGUGACUUCGGCGAAGUGCAGUCACAAAACGCAAUGCGACAGUCCACCGGCGCAACGGGUACUCUUUCCUACUGUGCCCCCGAAGUUCUUCGACAAGAAUACCCUGAUGGGCCAUUCGGGAAUUUCACCUUCAAAUCUGAUAUCUUUUCCCUCGGCAUGAUUCUUUAUUUCCUGUGCUUUGCAGCUCUCCCAUACGCAAAUGCCGACAUAAUCAACGAAGAUAGAGAGGAUCUGGAUCAGCUACGCGCAGAGAUCACUAGCUGGGCAGGCUUUGACCAUGCCCGAGCUAUCCGCUCCGAUCUUCCCGACAAGCUGUAUCGGUUCCUCGAGCGCUUGCUCUCGGUCGAUCCCGGCCGACGACCAUCAGCCGAAGAAGUCCUAAAUGGCAUCCAAGUAGGAGCCAGCUCAAACGAAAAUUUCCGCUUCAGAAAGACCAGCUCGACAAGCUCUGAUCUGCCUGGGGCUCGCAUCCGCCCCCUGGAUAGCCCGCAGCCAUCGGUGGAGCGAGCUCUAUCACCAACCAAAACACUGCGCCGAAGCCCAGUGUCCUUCCGGCGUGACUCGAUGUUUGACUCGAGCGGUUUCCGAGGCAGUCAGACACCUGCAUCUGACGAGCAGAGCCCAUCUUUUGGCCCGGAUCAAGACAUGGUCGUUCGGCAUCGCUACUCUCGUUCACAUUCAUCGUCUCCACCAGAACAUUCAAGUGAACCCUCACCAGACCUUGACUCCCGACCUGAAUCUGAACCAAUACAUCAACAGCAUCUCCUCCCUCCGCCACCGAGCCGGUCCUCACUAUUAGGCUCUCUGACCUCAUUUUCGCCCUCAUCCAUAUUGCAACUAUCGCUCUUCCUCGUCAAGGUUGCAUCCCUUCUUCAUCCAUGCUCACCCCUGGCCGUUAACCCAGUGGUGCUUUACCCUCUCCUCCUCUCAGCUGCAUUUACUUUGAGAAUCCGCAAUACUUGGGUCCAGGUCCUUGCCGUUGUCCUACACAUACUGAUUGUCGGCUUGGGUUACCGUUUCGGUGGCCUAUGUAUCUGGCACAGAAGCACAGCGAGGGCAUUAUAA